AUGGCAGUAUCCCAAGCUACUGGCGGAGGCGACCAGAAGCGCCAGGCAGAAGACAACGGCAAGACUGCCGUGAAGGCCGGAAUGCCAUCGCCAGGCCAACCACCGCAACCUCGGGCUUCCAUUAAUACCCUCCUCAGACAGCACUCUAAUGAGCGACUCUAUGUCAAACCUCUGCUCUGGACCGCACGCCACCUUGAGAUUCUGGGCUGUCGCUUUUUGUCAGGUGACGGGCGCCGGCACCCUUUACGACCCUUUACCUACUCCUACCUACCGCUCUCUCCUCCGGCCUCUCCAGCAGACAACCCCCAAGAUGGCACCAGUGAUAACAGAAGCAGUGACCACAGCAGCAGUGGACACGGCAGCAGCGGCGACAAUGAGGUGGCCGGCUUGGACCCCGAGAAUUGCUCGCACAAGAGGAAAAGGUGUGGAACACGGUACGUGAUGUCAGCUUUUAGGGACCCUUGUCUGCACUGGCGAAGGGAUGCAACAGUUCGGCUUCUGAAUUGGGGACUACUUCGAACAAUGUCUUUUAAUGCUAUUUUGGACUUCGAUUUCAACGGCAAACCUGUAGCCUCGGUCCAGCCAGUCACCAUCUUCGGCAGCAGGCGACCUCUCUGUCUUGUGAAGCCACACUACAAGCGGGAAUCCUUUGACGCCCCUGUCGAAAUCCCGAGAUACCCCCUCGUCCUUUGGCUUGACUAUCAGGCUUUUGCAGUGGAGCCGCGCCAGGCAAGAUGCAAUCCUGUCCGCGACAACGAGCCCGUACGAGCCUUGCGGGAGAUUGAGCUUCGCCGCCUCGCCCCGUCCGAGCAGAAGCACGACCCAUACCUCGCUGCGGCGCUGAUCUCACUAGCCCAGGAUCAGCACCGCUGGGAGACGGAAUAUGGCCCCAGGUUGGGACGCCGUGUUGACCGGUCGCACCUGUUCACGACCAGACUGGUGGUUGCGGGCCUUACAUCAGAGGACAUGUGGCACGUCUACACAGCCGACAUACCACUUUCCUUCCUCGACAAGCUUGACCGACCGUCUGUCGCAUCAGAUGCCCCUACCGUGGAUAUAAUAUACCACCAAGUCAAGGCCCGGCCAUAUCACUCGUUUCGCGACCGACUCCUCGAGGGGCUGGGCCUGAGCAAUAACAAGAAGGUUGGUGAACAACCAAAGCAACAGGGUAUCGAGCGCAAGAUGUGGGAGUGGGAGGAGGACGAUAGCUCGUCGGACUCGUCGGGUUGGGACUCGGGGGAAUGUGACUCGCCGGAGGGUUCGGAGGACGAGAAUAGCUCGUCGGGCUCGUCGGACUCGUCGGGCUCGCCGGAUUGGGUCUCGGUAGACUGUGACUCGUCGGAGGAUUCGGAGGACGAGGAUUGCAAGAAGGGUGGUCUGAAGAAGGACGUCCUGGAGAAGCGGGGUGUCAAGCGCAAGAGAUCAGAGGCAAGGCAACAGAACAGCGAGAAGGAGGAUGACUCGCCGGAGGAGAACCCGAAGAAGAAGGCUAAGAAGGCUAUGGAGUGA